GUGACACUGGCCUCAAGUGACAUCCUGGAAGCGUUCCGUACGAGGGAUGGCGAGCUGAUGUUGGCGGAUGAGACUUCCGACACAGAAGCAGAGUGGAGCUUGAGUGUUUGGCGUCUUCGGGGAAUUGAGGGCAGCUUCAUUUGGGAUGAAAUGAGGCCACGCGUCUCAUACUUGGACAGUGGAGUUCGGGUGUGGCGAGAUUGCUAUGUGGAGAAUGGGCAUGGAAAAAAAGGGAACGAGCUGCGCAGCAAGGGCAAUUGCCUGGGACAGCUGCUUAGAAUCAUGGAUUACGAUGACCUUCAGGAGCCAUUGCUGGGAUCACAAGCGUGUUCUGCUGAAGAUGAAGGUGAAUCGUAUGCCCGCGAACUGUGCGGAAAGUCAAAAGUCUCCUAUGGGGACGUGUGGGGAGCGAUCUUGAAGUCCUCUUUGAAGCCAAGGUCCACUGACCGGUCCAAGAUCACGGAGGGUUCCAAAGAGAAGCUGAGCGCUUGGACGUUACAGAUGUUCUUCCCUCUUUUCUGCCCUCUUUGA